CGGAGGAGGCGGCAAGUCCGGCCGAAGGCUGCGGGGCGCGGGGCUGGCCUGGAGCGCCAUGAGUAGCCCGGAUGCGGGAUACGCCAGUGACGACCAGAGCCAGGCCCGGAGCACGCUGCCCGCGGUGAUGGCCGGGCUGGGCCCCUGCCCGUGGGCCGAGUCGCUGAGCCCCCUCGGGGACAUGAAGGUGAAGGGCGAGGCGGCGGCGGGCAGCGGCGCGCCGGCCGGAGCCUCCAGCCGGGCCAAGGGCGAGUCUCGUAUCCGGCGGCCCAUGAACGCCUUCAUGGUGUGGGCGAAGGACGAGCGCAAGCGGCUGGCGCAGCAGAACCCAGACCUGCACAAUGCGGAGCUGAGCAAGAUGCUGGGCAAGUCGUGGAAGGCGCUGACGCUGGCGGAGAAGCGGCCUUUUGUGGAGGAGGCGGAGCGGCUGCGCGUGCAACACAUGCAGGACCACCCCAACUACAAGUACCGGCCGCGGCGCCGCAAGCAGGUGAAGCGGCUGAAGAGGGUGGAGGGCGGCUUCCUGCACAGCCUCGCGGAGCCGCCGGUCGCCGUGCUGGGCCCUGAGGUCGGCCGCGGGGGCAUGGACGGCCUGGGCAUGCCCUUCGCGGAUCAGGGUUUCCCCCCCGGCCCGCCGCUGCUGCCCCCGCACAUGGGCGGCCACUACCGCGACUGCCAGGGCCUGGGCCUGCCCCCACUCGACGGCUACCAGCUGCCCACGCCCGACACGUCCCCGCUGGACGGUGUCGAACCCGACCCGGCCUUCUUCGGCGCCCCACUGCCCGCGGACUGCCCGGCGGCUGCGAGCGCCUACAACUACCCACAGGCCUCAGACUACGCGGAGCCCCCAGAGCCACCCGCCGGACCCCAGCACGCCCGGCUCGGCCCCGAACCCGCGGGCCCCGCGCUGCCGGGCCUCCUGGCGCCCCCCAGCGCCCUGCACCUGUACUACGGUGCCCUGGGCUCGCCGGCGGCGGCAGGCGGCACGCGCUGCUUCCAGAUGCAGCCGCCGCAGCACCCGCCGGGGCCCGGGCAGCCGUCGCCGCCUCCCGAGGCGCUUCCCUGCCGGGACGGCGCGGACCAGAGCCAGCCCUCCGAGCUCCUCGGGGAGGUGGACCGCACGGAGUUUGAACAGUAUCUGCACUUCGUUUGCAAGCCGGAGAUGGGCCUCCCUUACCAGGGACAUGAUUCUAGUGUAAAUCUCCCGGACAGUCACGGGGCCCUCUCCUCUGUGGUGUCUGAUGCCAGUUCUGCGGUAUAUUACUGCAACUAUCCUGACGUUUGACCGAUCCCCGAGAUGCGAGCCUGCAGGCCAGAGGCACAAACAGUGUUACACAAUUCCUGGAGGAGCUAAGGAAAUCCUCAGCCUCUUGUUCUGUUUUUGUUUUUAAAUUGCCUUGGCAUAUAAUUUAUGGUAAUUUAUUUUGACUACCACUUGAACCUUUGGGAGGAAUGUGAGGUUGCGGUUUAAGAUUUGUUCAGAGACUUGUUCCCCACACUGCGUUGUCGAAAGUCCAUUUCCAAGUUAAGUUUACCAGAUUUGAAUGUGCCCCAGGUAACUCGCUCCGUUUCCUGAAAGUAUUGAUCAAAGAGAUUUUGUGCGGGUGUUUUUCUAAUCUUCUAAAAAUAAAAUCUGAAUUUUUGCUUUUUCACUCUGCCAGUGCCUCUGUCACACUGUCAGUGUUUUAUCAAGAGCUAAGUCUUAAGGUUG